AUGGUUUCCCUAACCUGGAUCACAAAUCAACCUUCAAAAUGGAAAGACUUUGUGCGUAACAGAGUAAGUGUUAUACAAGAGACAGAACCGCUCGCUAAGUGGAGGUAUGUAGCAGGAAAUGAAAAUCCAGCCGACUGUGCUUCACGAGGUGUUACUGCUAAAAUCCUUAGCAACCAUAAGCUUUGGUGGACGGGUCCUCCGUGGCUGAAUAAAGAUGUUUAUGAAUGGCCAUCCACGACGUUUGAUCCAGCUCAAGCAGCGAAAUCUGAACUGCGAAUCCCUCAAUCAACUUGCCACAUUUUAAACUUUGAACCAGAACCAGAAAUGCUAGAGCGCUUCUCAACACUGUCAAAACUAUUACGUGUUACUGCCUGGUGUCAAAAGUUCAUUGCCAAAACAAAAAAAUCCAUCCCUACUAAUUGUCAAUCUUUUUUAACUCCUCAAGAUCUCAACUCAUCCCUUUUGUUGUGGGUAAAACUCAUUCAAAAACAUGCCUUCAAAAAUGAGCUUGCGCGGUUACAAAACAACAGACCUUUAGAAAAAUCUAAUCUUAUAAGUCUUAACCCCUUUGUCGAUAACACUGGUUUAAUGAGAGUUAAAGGCAGACUUGAACAAUCUUCAUUAGAAUAUGAUUCAAAGCAUCCUUAUAUCCUUCCAAAGAAUUCUAAGUUCUCAAAACUAGUGAUAGAUGAUGCUCAUCUCAGGACUCUGCAUAGUGGCACCCGUUGUACACUUGCAACCGUUCGUCAGAAGUUCUGGGUUGUUGGAGGUAGACCUAUCGUCAAACGAGAACUGUUAAAGUGUGUUACUUGUGCUCGUUAUCGCUCUCAAAGAGCUCAACAAUUAAUGGGGCAGCUUCCUCCUACAAGAACAUCACCAUCACGUCCCUUUUUGCACUCUGGUGUAGAUUACGCAGGCCCUUUUGUAAUCAAAACAUGGCAUGGAAAGAGAGCAAAAACCUACAAAGGUUAUAUUGCGGUGUUCAUCUGCUCGGCGACCUCAGCUAUUCAUCUAGAGUUGGUUUCCAACUACUCAGCAGAAGCCUUCAUAGCGGCUUACAAACGAUUCACCAGCCGUCGAGGCAUCUGUGCUACUUUAACGAGUGACUGCGGGACAACAUUUGUAGGAGCUGACAAAGAACUGAAAAGGUUGUUUUCAUCGUCUUCAGCAGAAUCAGGUCAACUCAAAUCCCUGCUUGCUAAUGAUGGAACUGAAUGGAAAUUCAACCCUCCUGCUGCUCCACAUUUUGAAGGUCAUUGGUAA